UGAACGAAAAAAAAAACGAACAUUAAAAAAAUAAUAAUUUCAACUCGCACCACAUCAAAGUGGCGGUCACGUAUGAAGCUGCACUUUGAUGUUGCGUCACUCGUUUCCGGUCCGUCGGAGGCCGCGGUGCAGCCGGUGACCCGCCGGUUUGUUGUUGGAAACAGUAACUAGCAGAUAGUAAGGGAGCUGGUUAACAUUCCACCGUCGUGGCGGCAGAAAUGGACUUACCGGCUUCUUAUUACGGGAAACUCGAUAAAAGAAACCCGGUUAUUUCGGCGUUUGACCGGGACAUCAAGUCGUUCAUGACACUGAUGAGACGAGUGGUUUCUUCGGACAGCCAAGACAACAACGGCUCUUAUGCUAAAGGGAUCAGAACUCUGGUGGAGAUAUGGGGAAAGUACAAACAUCGACUGCCCUCACUGUUGUACCAGGAGCGAAUGUUGCAGGUUGCAGAUUUUCUUUUUGGAAUAAAGUUGCACCAACUGGCUCUUUGGCAGGGCUACAGUCACCUUCUGCCUCAGGUCAACCCACUGAAAAUAACUGACAUUGCGAGUGUGGACCACUUCAUGGCCUGCUUCUUCCCUGAGGGUUUUGAUACAGACCAAGAUGUCUUUGCCAUGAAGGUCCGUGCAAUGCAAGGCUGUGCCCUUUGUAUAUUUGAGCUGGAGAAAAGCCACAGUGUCCUCAGGCAGGACGGACUCAGUCAAGUACUGCGUGUGCUGAACUUUAUCAGGAUCAUGAUGCAGGCAUUCCAGCAACAUGAGCACCUCUGCUGGCAAAUAUAUAAUGGUUCAUUACAUAUCUACACCAUCUGCCGUUAUCUGAUUACCAUGGAUUGUAGUGCACAGGCACUUGAAUACCUUCUGUGGGCAAGCAUCAGUUUAGAGCUUUGCAUCCCUCUGAUGACAGCUGAGUAUCUGCCAUGGAUUGUCACACUCUACUGUGCUGUGUGCCACUGUUACUAUGACAACCAGGCUGCAGUGCAGGCGGAGGCAUUUGCCAGGAGAGCCCUCGGAAGAAUCAAUGAGCAAGCAAAGUUGGAAGAGCAGAGUAAAGUUCCUGCGACUAGAGAGACUCAGAGAGCUUAUAAAGAAGCCUCGAUCAAGCUGGGCGCCAUGGUGUUCAAACGAGCAGUGUAUGAGGCCAGGAGGAAACAAAAACCCAUACUCAAACUGAAAAGCAAAAGCGCCCGUAAAGUGCCAUGGCCCCGUACAACAACAGGGCGCAUGCUGCUGGCCCUGUUUGACAGCAGCGCGGCGCAGUUUUUGGGCAUCUUAGAAGCACUUUGGGACAGCACCACACCCCCGCUGCAAACUAGGAUGCCAGAUGAACCAGAGCAGCAGGAGGUGAUCCUGGAUCUCGUGUCUGCUGGCAUCAGUAUCUUAUCUGGAGUCGCAAACACUAGUGAGCAAAAGGGUGACGACCCACCAUGCAUCUGUCUGAGUGCAGCGACGCCAGCAUCCACUCUGAUGGAUUUAGCCAUUUCAGGAGAAAACAAAGUAUCCAUCAUGUCUGCGGUGAGGUUUAUUAAGCUGUUAUAUCAGUACAAGCAGUCAGGUGCAUUCACUGUACUCUCCAGAGAGAUGCUGCCGGUUUUGUCUGGUUUGGAAGGUCUGUCGUUCAGGAAGGCAGAGAUUGAGCUCGCUUUACUUGGUGGCUUCCACAAUCUGCUGACGUCCCAGAGGAGCCGUCUAAAAGACAACAACAUGAUUGAAGACAGACACAGGUCCUCAUUGUCAAUGAGCGAUGAAUUCAUUUGCCUGGUGGACACACUGCACAAGUCUGUUUGUGGCUCGUCUUCUGAGGUGCAGCCAGAUGUGGACCUGGUAUUGGAUGUUGUGUUAUAUCUCUGGGGUAAAGUGCAGGUGGUGAUGCAGAGGGCCAAUAUGCAAAACCCAGAGUUUAAACACAAGUACGACAAGUGGCUGUGGUGUCUGUCUAGACUGUGUGAGGUAGCCUCUGCAUAUGGCCUGGAAACUGUGGACUGCAUGAUGAUGACAGAGAUGAUCCACACAUUGGUCAUUUUGCUAGAGAGUGCUGCUGAACGCAGACAGGAAACGCAACAUGCAGCAGCUCCUGGAGCAGACGGUGAUGGCGUGAUGGUGCGCUCUUUAUUUCUUCUUGAGAGUUCGAGUACAGAGUUGCUUCAGAUGGUGUGUGAGGUGGUGAAGAGAGGUCUUACUGCCCUGGGAAAGGGCGUAGCUACAUUGCCUCCAGGUCGCUCAGCAGUCAUGGACUCUGCCUUCAUGCAGAAAUUGUGUCCCCUCCCUCCGUCGACUCCCUCCCGAUCUUCUGUGACAUCAUUGGAAGAGGGAAAUGAGGAUGAUGAAAUCUGUAAGAAGGAAAAAGAAGAAGUGGAAACUGAGGCAGAAUCAGAUAUUAAAGCCUCUCAAAACUCAACACGUGUGCCCCUGCUGGCCAUAGACCGUCAUCUAGAGCUGGACAUCAUUCACCACAGGGCUUCCCUCAAGUUACUGCACCUGAAUGCAGUUGCAGAGUCUGAGCUGUUGGGUCGGAUCAAGAAGAACAAAGUGUCCAAAGCUCUUUUCCUGAUCCAGAAGGCCUUGUUGGUGUACAACAGCAUGGAAACAAAUAAGAGCAGCAAAACCAAGAGUCUGCUAGAGGAGGCUUCCUCCCUGAUAGAGAAAGCGGAAGUAGAGGAGAGAAGACUUUAUAUCUCCACCAUCUCUACUUCAUCUGAAAAUAAAUACAAAGGAAGGAAAGAGGUGGAAGAAAACCCUCCACCUCCACCCAUCCUUCUGUCACGCACUAACCACUCCUUAACCUUUACCCCAGCGCCUUAUAAUUUGGAGGGACAAGUGUGCUGGUACCAGCUCUGCAGCCGUGCAGCUGAGGGCAUUAACCGGAAAGUCCGCCUUGGAGACUGCGGCCUGCCAGGAACUGGAGAUAUGGUACCAGCAGUAUCUGGUAAGUGCCUGCUGAGGGUGGAGGGGCUGGUGCCCAAUGAGAAAUAUGUGUUUGCUGUUGCUGCCUACAACAGCCAGGGCAAGCUACUGGGCAACGCCAUUGGGCAGACAACAUUCCCACUGCUGGCAUCUAUGCCUGUACCACUGCUUUCCACGUGGGCUCACUUGGUUCAGGUGGCAUUUCAAACAGAGCAGUAUACCUUAGCAAAAAGAGCCUGCAAGGAACUGUGGAGCCACUUUACCUCCCCCGACCCUGGGUCCCACUGUACGCAGGAUAGCCUUGUCACCACAAGGCUGCACAAACAGACCCUACAAGUCUCUUCUCCUCACCUGUGUCAGUCGUUCCUGAUUUCAAUCUUCAUUGAGACAGAGAUCAAUAUUCAGCAGGGAUCUCUCUACUGUGACUCGUUCAGUGACACUGGACCGUUCAUCUGGGAACAGGAAGCCAGACUGGCAGAGUGUGAGCGCAUGCUGGUGGCGAUGGACUUGGCAAUGUGUUUGAAUGACGGUCUUGCUGCCCUGCAAGCUGUAGUAAACUGCUAUGGCCUUUUGGCACCUCUCAUCUUCCAUCAGAUCAUUUGCCACCCUGUGGUACAAGUGCUGAAAAAAUGCUUGAUCGUUUUGGAGGAGAAUUCAGAUCUUCUCAAACAAAAAUGGGCUGGAAACAUCUUAGACUCACUAAUGCACAUGAUAGCCUGCAUUACCUACUAUCUUUCAAAGACAUUGCGUGUGCUCAGGGAGCAUCAGAUGGCUUUCCUACUGAUGGAGUGUGGUCGCAGGCUACUACAGGAGGUUUAUGAUGCCCGGGUGCAGAUCAGGAGAAUCUCCAAUGAAGCUUCCAAGGUAGUCGAUCAUGCUGCAAUCAAGAGUGAAAUGAGGAUAAGCCUUCAGUUAAAGGCGCUGCAUGCGAAAAACAAGAAAAGAAUCGGAUCUGGAGCUGCUCUCACCACAGACAAUGAGAUUGCACACCCACUGACUAGCUGUGAGGAUCCCACCAUAUUGUAUGAUGUGAUCUCCAGUAGCACAUUAACGGAUGCCUAUGACCAUGUGAUGAAGCUCGGAUGCAAGGCAUAUUUCACUGAGUACGCAGCACUGCUACUCCAGAGAACCGUGGAAGAAGGUCACCCAGACCUCGUAUUGGAGUGGGGACAAAGCAUAUUUGAAUUCCUUUCCAGGCGCGACGAAGAGAUGUCCACAAAAUGUUUGGAGGGAAACGAUCACAUUAAAAGAACUCCAAGAGCUCCGAAAGGAAAUGAACCAACCCAGAUCACACCAGAUGAUACAAGAAAAAUAAAGCAGAAAAUGCAUCACAGCACGCUUCGGCGAGGGAGAACUAACAGGGAGAAGCGGGCUGUGGAGAACCUACUAACCACAAUGGCGUCUGCGGUGCAACGCAACAAGAGGCUGCUUAAGCUGAGGAGCCUGUGCUGUGAGGAGCGAGUGUGGAAAUCACAUCUCAACUACAGCAUGGCUCAGGCACAUAUGGUUCUGUUUCAUAAGGAGCUAGACCAGCUGCAUGGAGGAGGCCUGCAGCACAGGUACAGCCAGUUAAAUCUCUCGUAUUUCUCUCUGGCCUACUCUGGUGUCCUGGUGGCAAGAAACUCACAGCAGUCUUCUCAAAGUGAGGUGGUCUCAAAGAGAGACUCCCCCCACUCUGGUCUUGUUGUCCAAGUGACUUCACACAAAGACAGGCAGAAGAAGGAGGCAGUCAGUGACGAUGACUCAGAUAUCACAGAUGAGAGUUCUGAGGAGGAAGAGGAAAAGGACGCCUCUAAAUCUGUGGAUCAGCAGACUGAGAUGAGUGGACAACCUAUUUCCAUCCUGCUGGACUCGCUUAACAAAGCUGCUUUACAUCUCCGAAGGGCCAUGGUGUUGGCCCAUCGUGGCAGCCAUUGGACCACUCUAUGGUGCAUGUGUCAGACUGUGUGGGACCAAAGCUGCAAAAUUGCUUCCUUCGCUCAAACAGAUGUUCACCUUGAACCUGACUCCCCCUUGACAGCAGAACAGCUGCACACCACCUUCACCCGGCUGCUGUCGCUGGCUUCUGACCUAAUCAUGGACAUGGUGAACAAGUUAGGGCUGUGGAGUUUAUAUGACAGUGACUUGACUGAGGGAGAACUCGAGUCCAGUCUUCAUUUCUCAGCCCCGUUGGAUGAAAGCACCCAUAUGGACCUGCGUUGGGUCCGCAUCUUGGUGUUGGACACUCUGGAGCGGCUCCAUGAUAGUGGCAAAUGGGAAACCCUGGCCCACUUUGCCUUACUUUUCAACUCAUACACACGGGAACGUUACGCCUCCAUUAUAACUCCUUUACUCGUCCAUGCUCAGAGGAGGCUUCUUGAAAGGAUCAGUUGUUUUGGAGGCCCUGUGGUUCCACAACCACACCAUGUCAAAACACAGAGAGUCACUGGCAAGGAGGUGACUUGCAGGAGCUAUGCAGGCUGCCAGUUGCUCAAUGGGUGGACCCCUCACAAGGCACGGCAACUGCCCAUUCAGAAAAAAGCAUCGCUCCCAAACUCCCCUCCUCCAGAUGCAGCUGAGCUUAAAGGUGCAAAAGUACACUCCAUGUCCCUGGUGUGUGUUCCUCUCGAUGUAGAAGACACACUGAGCUGUUACCAACGAGCUCUUGAGAGAAAACCUCAUUGUCUUCAGGUCUUCCAGCACAGUCGCUCAUUGCUGACGCUGCUUCUGGCACAUACGCAGCCCCGCUUUACAGCACAGUUGCACAACUGUCAUUCUGAAAGCCUGGUAGAUUUCAGUCCUAUAGUUAUGUCCAGUCCAAACAUCCAACCCUGCGACCUGAGAGAGGAUAACUUCAGAACACCAAAUGCUCUCUACAGCCGCCCUAUCAGUGCUGACCACAUGCCGACUGUCACUGCUGCAUACUCCACCUCCAUUAAGUAUCUCCAGGCCAACAGUCACGACUCCCUCAGAGUUCAGGCACUGCAUGAAAUGGGAAACCUACAUUUCUACAACGGAAACAUACGGGCAGCACACUCAUCCUGGAGCAAAGCUGUAGAUUGUGCCUUAGGGUGCUCAGGCAUAGUAGAAAAAUGGGAUGGCGUGACGUUUGGAAGUGGCUCCCUGCAACAAACCCUGAAACAGGCUGGCAUUUGGGGAUGUCUACAGGCUGCUGGGCUCACUGCUAAGAUUGCACAGCAUAUCUUGACUUCUGAUAUCAGCCAGCGAACCAAGUGCUGUCUUCUUUCUGCUCACCUCUUCAAGUGUGCACUCUGCUGCUCUCUGGCUCAACCCCAGGCUGACCUCCUGUACGCCUCCCACAGCAUCGGAGACGAACUGCUCCCAGGAGUCGACCUUUUCUCGGAACCUCACCGGGUUCACCUCGGUACCACCGUAACCAGCCUUAACUUCAUCUGCCACUGGCUUUUCACCACAGGCUACUGCCUCACGCUAUUGCCCAUACUGGCACUUUACCUACAUUUCGUGGGGACUGUUUGCAGAGAUGUGCAACGUUGGGUUGAGGGAAAAAUACUGAAGAUCCGUGCCCUUACUGAACUGUACCUGUUCACUGAAGCUGCAAAGGAGGCAGUGCAGCUCACACAAGGAAUAGGCAUCAUUCUGCCUAAUGGACACUACAUUGCCACAGACGAUCACCAACCUGAGAAGACAUUCUGUAGCAACAAGUCUCUCCUGGACAAUGUUGUGUCUUUGGAAGAACUUGUGAACUGUGACAUUGCUCCGGCGGUCCAAACAUUGUAUGGAUCCACAUUGUGCCUCCGAUUCAACCUGGCUCGAGUUCAACUAGUCCUGGCGCUCAGCAACACUGUACAAGGCCCUUCUGUGCCAGAUUCUGUUGAUGGAGUAGGUUGUGCCAGCAUAACAAUGAGUCCAGUGAACUCAAAACACUAUCAACAUGAUGAUGAACUGGACAGCGAGAGCGCCGGUCUAAAGACAGAAAGGCCAAAGUUGUUGGAUCUUCAUACAGAGAAAAAUCUCACUCCAGAAAGAAUUAAGAUCCUUUUGUUAGAAGGAGUAUCCUCCUUGUUGCAUUCCAUAUCACAGCCGCUCACAUCUCAGUGCUUUAGUGAAAUAGAAAACCUGGAACUGGAAAUAGAGUCCAAUCUCCUCAAGGCGGACCUCUACUUGCAGCAAGGACAUGUUGCAUUAAGUUCUGAGAUGGCAGUUUCAUCCCUGGUGCUGAUGCAGACGUCAACUUUAAUCAUAGGAUCCAUAUCUGACCAUCAGAAACCUGUGUCUGAGCUCCCACAUCCCAUGACAGGAAGUGACCAGGGUACUAAAGAUUGCAGUUUGUUGAAUCCCCUGCAUGGAGACUGUCCGAGGACAGUUGAGGCUAGUGAGAGAAUUGGAGUUUCUCUGUGGCUGCGUUGCCGCCUGGCUCUGGUCCGCAGCCUGGCUGCACACAUCUGUGGCACCGCUGCUGUUUUUCCAGGAAGGAACUUGAAUGAAGAGGCAGCUUGGGUGUUACAGGAGGGUCGUAAUGAAUGUGCUCAAUGGGGAGAGCUUGAUAUGCAAGCCCUUUUCAUGGUCGAAGCUGCGGAGUUGGAGGCCCAGAGAGGCAACACCGAUGACAGCAUGGCAAUGCUGCAGGAGGCAAUGGAUCUGCUCUCAGGACGGACAUUCAUACCACUGAGGUCCAGUGUGACUCUGGCUCGGGCCACCCUGCUGUUCAGCGACCUGAGACAAGAACAGAGCCCUACACUUCUUAGACUGACACAAAAAAUACUGCAAAAGCAGCUAUGUGUUUUUGGAGAGAAUGUGGUGUUGGAUGAUGGAACGGUGUGUUUCUCUCCUCCCGGACUCCGAAACAUCUACCUUCCCUACCUCAGUAUACUGGAACAGACCACUUUACGAAUCAGUCAAUAAAUAAAGAACAUCAUUUUUCAUACUUUUUGGCGAAAAAAGCCCAGAGAGAACAUCUAUGGUGUCCAGCUAUUAAUUGUUUUUAUUAUUAAUAAAUAUAAUUGAUUCAAGUAAUUGAUUCACCGUAUGUCAAAGGCGAUGACUUCAAAUUGCUUGUUUUUUUCCUAAAAAACAGUCGAGAAAUCCAUUAAACUGUCAUUGUAAACCAA